UACUUUUUAAGCUUUGACAGAGACAAAAUGAACUUGCACAUUUCACAGUCCAACAAUACUCGCACCAAACUUGCUCAAAUUGCUUGGGUCCCUUGUAAUAUUGUCUCACCUCAAGCAAACAAGCCACUCAUGGGGGCUUUGCCAUUAAGCUAA